CAUCAGCGACGCAAUUGGCCAACAGCCUGCAUACGUCACUGAACGGGCCCCUGUCAGUUGCAAAAAUGUUGUCUGCAAUUCCAUCCACUUUUACCUUCAAACCUGCUUUCUUAGCGGAAUAAUUAGACUUCCGGGAGCUGUUGCUGUUGCCGGCUGCGGCGUUGGCCACGGAAGCUCCAAUGUGACAUCUGGCGGCCUGGGAGAAAUGAAAGCGUCAUGGCGUCUCGCUAGGUCGACUGCGUGUUGUGAAUAAUGGCCUACAGCAACAGAGAACUGGUGGAGUUCUACAUAAGCUACAAAUUGUCUCAGAGAAACUAUUCAAGCUCUCUGCUGAGGUCCGAGGUUGCCGGGGGCAGGACCAAUUUUGAAGGGGACAGCCGGGUCCCUAGCAAUGGCCCGCUGGUCAACAGCCAGGCCGGGCCCCCGGGGAAGCCCAGGGGCCCAAUGGCCGGCGUCGAGGUCGUCAAAUCGGUUCUGAAGGACGCGGCGGAGGAGUUUGAGCGCCUCUACACCCAAAGCUUUAAGCACCUCUCCUUGCAGCUGGACAUCACCCCCGACACGGCCUACCACAGCUUCAAGACCGUGCUGGACGAGUUGUUCAAGGGCGGGGUCAACUGGGGGCGGGUGGUGGCCAUGUUUACCUUCGGGGGGAUUCUGUGUGUGGACUGCGUCCAGAAGAAUAUGAGUGAGCUGGUCUCCCGCAUUGCCGAAUGGAUGACCACUUACCUGGACGAGCAGCUCAGUUCCUGGAUCCAGAGCCAGGGAGGAUGGGACCGCUUUGCUAACCUGUACGGCCAGGACGCCGCUGCAGAGGGCCGGAGGUUUCGGGAGACCUUGAACAAAUGGCUGCUAGUUGGUGUGGCUCUGCUGACCGGAGCUCUGCUCGUCGUGUUCGUCGCUAAGAAACGAUGAGCGCUCUGCAUGUCCGUCAUCAUGGCACACCGUGUGUAAUGCUAUGCCAACGCAAGUUAAAAUAAAGUAGUUAUUGUUUACAUUAAAGAAAAGAGAAAAAAAACAACAACAUAAAGCCCGAUCUGCUUGUGCACUGAAUGUUAGGCUGCAGUCAAGCAAAUGGUAGAAGUAUCCACGACUAAUGUAGCUUCAGUGAGCUGUCAUACUUCUCACUCUGCUUUUCUGGUUUCUUUUAACAUGCAGCAGUGCAUUUUUAGUUGUUUAAGGGUCUUAAUGUUCAGACUUGAAGUGCUUUAAAUGAACAUAAGCUAUAAAAAAGACUGAGAAACAUGCAGCUGGUUUGUUUUUUUUGUUUGUUUUCUUUCAUAUUGCCUUCUGUGCGUUAUCCAAGGACCAAUUCUCAUGUCUCUCAAACUGACAGCCGACAGUUUAUAUUCCCUCCACCCCACUGUGUAACAUUGGAGUCUGUUUGUUGCCUGUACUGGAGUCUUAGGCAUGCUUCAAAAAUAAAUAUAUUUAUGUUUUU